GUGUGGUAUGGUCUGCCUUGAAUUGGACAACAAUGGCAUGAUGCCAGGAAACAGGAAAGGACCCAAGGAAGACAGGAAGGCAAGGUGGGAGAGGCUGUCUUGGAAAAUGCCCGGAUUAUGCUGCAGAUGGAGACGACCCAAGCCGGCGCAGAUGACUUUAAAGAGAGAUAUGAAAAUGAGCAGCCGUUCCGGAAAGCAGCAGAAGAGGAAGUAAGCUCUCUGUACAGAGUCAUUGAUGAAGCUAAUUUGACAAAGACGGAUCUGGAGCAUCAAAUAGAAAGCCUGAAAGAAGAACUGGGCUUCCUGUCCCGGAGCUAUGAAGAGGAUGUGAAGGUUCUGUACAAACAGCUGUCAGGGUCUGAACUGGAGCAAACAGAUGUUCCCAUGGGCACUGGUCUGGACGAUGUCCUUGAGACAAUCCGAAUUCAGUGGGAGAGAGAUGUGGAAAAGAAUCGAGCGGAAGCAGGAGCCUUGCUCCAAGCUAAGCAACAGACAGAAGUGGUCCAUGUGUCCCAGACCCAAGAGGAAAAGCUGGCCGCUGCCCUCAGUGUAGAGUUACACGACACUUCAUGCCAGGUCCAGAGUCUCCAGGCUGAGAUGGAAUCUUUACGGGCUCUGAAACGAGGCCUAGAAAACACCUUGCAUGAUGCUAAGCAUUGGCAUGACAUGGAGCUGCAGAACCUGGGUGCUGUGGUGGGCAGGCUGGAGGCAGAGCUGGCAGAGAUCCGCUCGGAGACGGAGCAGCAACAGCAGGAGCGGGCACACCUGCUGGCAUGCAAGAGCCAGCUGCAGAAGGAUGUGGCAUCCUACCAUGCUCUGCUGGACAGAGAGGAGAGCAACUGAUGGGAAAAACAAAAAUAACUUCCUUCUUCCACAAAGACACCUACCUUCUUCAGCAGCCCACCAGCGACGAUGCUUGAGGAACUUCCGUCGCUGCUGGAUCCCCUGGUUGACUCAGCCGGAGCUGGAAAGCUUCCUGGGAGUGGAGAGGGCCCUUCUGCUCUCAUUUAGGUAGUCUGUAGUUUGAACAACCUAGGCCUCUCCAAAUAAAUGCUUUGUGUGCAGCUCCUA